AAUCGAUGAUAUUUUGUCUAAAUUUUUACACCUUAUACAGAUAUUAACGUUUAUUAGAUAUAUAAAAAUGAAAAUAUUUUUUUAAGGAAAUGUAUAAAAUAUUACGUAGAUUAUAGCAGGUUUAUCCUCGUGUUGUUUAGAGAAAGCCAGUCGAAGCAAAACAUGGACCUGUUAGGGUCUAUUCUAGGAUCUAUGCAGAAACCACCUACAAUGGGAGAUGCCGAAAAAAAGAAAGCCAAAGAACAGAAAGAAAGACUAGAAAAACAUCAACAGGCAGAAAAAAAGAAAUUAGAUGAUUUCAGGGGAAAGAUCAGGAAGAGGAUUCACGAAUUUGUGAAAGAUGGAAGCAAGCAGAAGUACAGUUUUGAACCAAUGGAUAAAUGUUUCCGAGCUAUAGUACAUGAGAUUACAGACGUGGCAGGAAUGACCUCUUUCUCGUUUGGUCUGGAGGAGGAAGAUCGUUAUGUCAUGUUGUGGAAGAAGGAGUUUGCACCUACUGACGAAGAGCUUGCUGCCUAUAGGAAAGGGGAAGAUUGGGAUCCUGACAAAGCAAAGGAAAUAGCAAAACAAAAGGAGAUAGACAGAUUGUCUGAGGAGGCAGAAUCAAGAAUUAAACACCCAAAGGUGAUGCCUGCUUCAAACUACCAGGAUAAGUAUCGCCACCUUAUUGGUGAAGAGGCUGCAAAAGAGGCCGCCAGAACCACAACGGCAAACAAAUCUUAUGGAUUUGUGCCAAGUGAAAAUAAACUGGACCACAGGACGAUAGAACAGGUGUUGGCAGACACACGGGCGAAGAAAAAACAGAAAACGGAGGAGGGACAAGACGUUGGAUCGGGCAGCCAAUCAGAAGACGUUACCACGGCAAAAGACAAUGAAGAUCCCUCGCUGUUAUGACCGACCAUGAAGUACAAUAAUGUAGCUAGAUAUUCAGAAAGAUGUUGUCAUAUUUAGUUUCAACAUCUUGGAUCUAUUUUGUUGAAGAUUUUUUUAGUAAAUAUUUAAUUCUUGAGAGAAAACAUGAGUUGCCAAGAAUUUUAAAUAAUUAUCCAACAAUAAAAUGACAAUGUUCUAUGAAUAUUUAGGAAAAGGACCUCAUUUUUCCUGUCUCUAUCAUAUCAAAACAUUUUCCCCAUUAUCCGUAAAUCAUCAAGAAAAAUGUGUUUAUUACAGAAGACAAAUGAUUUGGUCUCCAUUUUCAAUCGCUGUGUUAAACUGUUACAUGCUGUAUGUGAAAUUUGACUCUUAGAUAUUUUAAUGAUUAAUAGAACUAAAAACAAUUUUGUUUGCUCUGAGAUUCAAAACCAUUACCAGCAUUAAAUAAAGAAUAUGAAAAUUCUGUAUUACUUUUCAGAAAUUCAAUUUUAAAGCUAAAUGAAGCUACAACAUCUAAUGGAGUUGCUGUUCUCACAGAAAAUUGUAUUAUUAUUUUUUGGUUAAUUACCAGUAUUUGUUUUGGUUAAUAACCACAUUUUUUUUUGGUUAAUUACCAGGGUGUGAUGUAUUUGAAUCAUACCUCAAACAUCUUGUUACUAAUUUCAAUAUUUAUGAGAUUUGAGGUAAUUAGUUCUCAAUCUGCAUGAAGCUAACAAUGCUUUUCACAUAAUCAUGAAAUAGUCAUACCCACUGUGUGAGCACUGAGCAGGUGGCAGAGCUUUGUUAACUUAUUUCUUAAAUUUUCAAAUGAACUCAAUGUAUCUUUAAUAAAGAUGUUAGGAUAUUUUUUCACUUGAUGAAUGUACCAGUUUUAGAGGUAUUUAAUUGAGUGAGUUUAAUUGAAUGAGAGUAAUACAGAACUUUUAACAGUACAUGUAUUUCAAUGGAUUUUUCCAAGAUCAAGUAUGAAUUAUAAUGAUAUACAACAUUUAAAAUAGUGCCCUAUCUAGCUAACAUAAGCCACUCUAAAGCGCUUUACAGUAC